AUGGAAGUAAUUGAUGGUGGUGAAAUGUGGUUUGAGAGUAUUGUGAUUAAGGACAAUGUUGAGGCUGAAAAUCAUAUGAAUAUGAUGGUUGAGGUUCAUAAUUGUAGCAAGGACCACCAUAGUCAUUGGGUUGAUAUGCACCAUAGCAUGAAUUGUGAUCAUGGUAGUGUGAAAGAGGUUGAUGCCAUGAAACUUGAUCUUGAAUGUGGCGGUUCGGCAUCUCCUAAAUCUUCAACCAACUCUUCUUCUUCUACCAUGAUAGUUUCCUAUAUUUGUUCCAGUACGAAGUUAUGCUCUAUGUUGUCCGCUGGAGCUUCUAGCAUUUUCUUUGUGCUGCGUUCUUCAUUGGAUUCUCCACAUAAAGCCAUGGAAGUCAUGAGUGUUAAAGCAAUUGGAAUUGCUAUAAAAUUUACAUUAGAAGGUGCAAAUCAGCUUGUUUACUAUCAGACUUGGAUCUUUUUUAUAGUCGUUGUUUCCUGCAUCAUUACUCAAUUAAAUUAUCUUAACAUGGUGUUGAAUACAUCUAACACUGUGGUUGUGUCUCCAAUCUAUAAUGCCUUGUUCAUAUCUUUUACAAUAUUAGCUAGUGCAAUCAUGUUUAAGUACUAUUCUGGUCAAAGUAUAAGCAGCAUUGCAUCAGAGCUAUGUGGUUUCAUCACGGUGUUAUCUGGCACAGAAGUAUUGCAUAGUACAAGAGAGUCAGAUCCUCCAGUCUCUACAGAUUUGUUUAGUCCGUUGUCUUCGAAAGUAACAUGGUAUAUCCAAGGCAAUGGUGAGUCUUGGAAACAGAAGGAAGAAGACGGGUCACCACCUUUUAACUUAAUUACGGUUGUACGACAAUAUCAUUUCACAUGA